CCACAGCACUUUUCCAUGGGCAACACUCCGUCGUCCAACAAAGCGGAAAAGGGCAGCCAGCCCGCCUCGCCCGCCCACGCCCUCCACCACCACCACCAUGAGCCCCCUCGACGCGAACCGCGACGCCGCGAAUCCAUCCCGGCCCUGACGUCCAAGACGGCCGCUGCAUCGCCCUCGCUCGACACGACGUCGGCCAGUGGACAGGCCAUCUUUCCCUCGGCCUACUCGCCCUCGCAGCCGCGCUCCACCNCCGCCUCUGCCCACCAGCGCAAUCGCUCCAACACGACAAACAAUCCCAAGCAGGACUCGCCCUCGGCACCCCGCCGCUACAAGAGCCUCAAGUCGCCCAGUCCGCCAGAAGAGCCCCGUCGGUCGCCUGCAUCACAGCCUGUCAACGUUCCUCAGUCACAACGGCCUCCUCGCUCUGCCUCUCCUGCCACCGAAGCUGCCUACCACCUCCCACCAGCCAGCUUCUCGCGACCCCCACGUCUGCCCCUCCCAAUUGAGCAGNAGGACCACACUCCUGGCUCUCCCAUCACCUCGGCCGUCUUGCCCGAAGAUGAUCCCGAACAAGUCGACCUUCCCCGACGAUCGAGCGUCGUGAGCAGUACUAUCGACGAUGACGACGAAGAGCCCGAUGGCUUCGAAGGCUAUGAGACGGAUGCUGGUGGCCCAAAAGUGCCCACACUGAUAGAAUGGCGCAACGCUCAACCCGGUGACCGUGUCUACGUGACAGGCACUUUCACAAACUGGGAACGCAAGUUCCGUCUGCACAAGGACAAACAUAAAAACGCCUUGUCGGCCACGCUUCAACUACCACCCGGUACUCAUCACAUCAAGUUCAUUGCCAAUGGCGACAUGAUGACCUCGAACGAUCUGCCUACUACCGUCGACUACACCAACAUUCUAGUCAACUACAUCGAAGUAUCACUGGAUCAGCUACCUCUAGUUCAGCCUGGUAAACCUGUGCUUCCUGGACCACCUCCGAUCAAGCCACAAGAGCCUUCACGACCAAUGGACAUCAGACCCAAGCCAGCAGCCCAGGCAGACAACGAUGCUUUGCUCUCCAAACAACCACAAAACACUCCUCCCAAGUCAAGCCAUGAGCCACCUGCACCCAAGUCAACUACGGGAACACCCGCCCAGCCUCCUGCAGACGAGCCCAAACCACGCCAGCAACCGCCACUGGUCCGACAACAGAGCAGAGAAUGGACACAAACGAUACCGGCCUACCUUACAGAUCUCGAUUCCUGGUACCCACCACCCUCGGCAAGAGACGAUGCUCAAUCGCCCUCUGGCUCUGCUGCGAGAUACAGAUUUGAGCGCGCAAAUGCAGCUGCCGAGUCUCAGCCAGCGCCCCCGUCUCUUCCAAUGUUCCUCAGCAAGAGCAUUCUGAACGGUACUACACCAACAAAAGAUGACAGCAGUGUGUUGAUCAUGCCAAAUCACACCGUACUGAACCACUUGGCAACGACCAACAUCAAGCAAGGCGUGCUGGCCACGAGCGCGACAACCAGGUAUAAGAGAAAGUUCCUGACGACCAUCAUGUACAAACCGCGCAGCGACGGUGAAGAAUAA